AUGCACCCUUCCAAGAAAAUAAAACUCUCUAGCAAUACACACCAAACUGAGCAUGUGCAGCUUGCCCCUAAGGCUCUGUUCUAUCAAGAGAUGAGUCGGGGACAGUGGAAGAAGGGGAGGAUCAGAGAAGACAGAAUCAAACAGCCUUUUUACACAGUGCGGAGGAUUAACCCCUUAGGUACCACAGUGAGCAUAACAAGCAUGCUUUACUGCCAGGGGCGGACUGACCAUUUGAAAACUCGGGCACUGCCCUAGGGCCCGGGGUCAGUAGGGGGCCCCAUGAGAUGCCCCUGGUACCUU